AAAAAAACACCAAGAAGACCAAGAAAUUAAAAAUGGAGGCAAAACACUGAACCUCUCAAGUAGAAAAUAUUUUAUCGUUGAUUUUGAUAUAGUUGGAUCAAAUUCAAAGUAAAAAUGCCACUCGGCAAUAAACCAACGUGUGAAUUAUGCAAAUCCACAAAUUCCACGAUGUGGAGGAAAGGUAACAAUGGAGAUGUUAUCUGCAAUACUUGUUUUCUGAAACAAAGUUGCCCCGGUGGCGAAAAGGACGGUAAUGAUAGCAAUGGAAGCAUCCCCGAGCGAACGAAAAGUAACGGCAGCAAUAGCCUAGCGGGCCCAGUGCUUAGAAAAAGUGCAAGGAUUAAGCCAGCGAAACACAAGUACAUAACAGCAGCCAAGGCAUUGGCAACCAAGGGAAAAAGCAGACGGAUGGUUUUUAAGAAGAGUCAACCAAUUAAGGCCCCUACUGCUGUGUCCACAGUUGUAACUGGAGAGAGCAUUUAUUAUGAUGGAAUGUACUAUCAGGCAGGUGAUAUUGUAUCAUUAGUUGACCACGAUGGAUCGGUAUAUUAUGCUCAAAUCAGAGGAUUCAUGCAAGAUCAAUACAAUGAAAAAAGUGCAGUGUUGUCAUGGUUACUACCCACACAAAAUAGUCCAAAAGUUGGUUUCGACCCCUCAACAUACAUUUUGGGUCCUGAAGAGGACCUCCCCAGAAGAAUGGAGUACAUAGAGUUUGUGUGCCAUGCUCCAUCAGAUUAUUACAAAUGCCGCACAGGUCCGUACUUAACUAUUUCCCGUGAGCCAGAGCUGUGUUAUAUAUGGACAACCAUGGGAGAGAAAAUUACCCCCGUUCCUAAUUCCGAUGAAAUGUUUGGAAUGAAAGAUACCAUAGGUUCAAAGGCACCAAGUAUGAAGUUUAGUAAAGAGGACAAGAAAGGUCAGAAGAAACAAGACAAAGAAAAAAACUUUCCAGUGGAGGUUAAAAAAGAAAUUAUCGUUGAUGACUCUUGAAUGUUUAAACCUAAUUCACAUACUUUGUUACCAAUAAAUACUUAAACAUGUUAUUUAGAGUAGAAAGUAAAGGUCUGAAUUAAAAAGAGAAUAGAAUAUCACUUUGUAGUGCAUCUCUUUUAGCUUAAGAGUUCUUGUUUUUAAAGAAAUAAAACCACUGAUCAUGGACAUUUCUGUUAAAUGUGCUGAUGAUCAGUAUUAAUGUACAUCACCACUAUACAUUUAUACCCCUGCUCCGAAGGAAAAGGGGGGUGUUCUGUUUUACCUCUUGAUGUCCUUCUCUGUUUGUCCAUUUGUCUGUCCGUAACAAAAAUAUCUGCCGCAUUUUUCUCAGCAACUAUUCAGCAGAUGCUUGAAAUUUUAACGCAGUCUUUGUUUAGGCAUGCCAUAUGGUGGGAUCUCAUUUUGUAGGAAUCAGAUGUCAAUUUCCUAAUUAAUGUGGACAAUGUUUAUUUUUUGCAUAUAUUUUCAUUCAAGUUUUCGUCAAAGCAAAGAUUCAUUGCAGAUGCUUGAAUUUUUAAACACUAUUUUUUAAGACACGCCAUAUGUUUGGAUCUAUUUUUGUACCAAUCGGAUGUCAACUUCCUAUUAAAUGUCACCUUUGCUUA